CUUUCACCCUUUCUUUCAUGUUCGACAGAUCUACCGUCAGAUGUCAUAUGACGAACAUGAAGCGGCGUCCAUCUUGACAAUGUUGCGCAGCAACGAAGGACAACAAUCAAACACCCAUCAGGUGAGUAAUCUGUAGUACCAAAAUGAAUCACGAAUCACUGACUUGCCAUUGUAUCUUUUUUCCCCCAUCAGCAAAUGGAAGAACGUCAGUCAUGGAUGGUGAACGGAUACAGCUUCAUCUCCAACCUCGUCAAACCUCCUAAAUUGUUGCCUUGGCUCGUUAUCCCUUCAUCCCCAAUGACGUUCAAGGUGGAACAAUUGAGCGAAAAAGUGGAUCAAUGGGGUUUGAGCGAUCGUGGUUCCACAGAAGACGAAAACAUUUACCGUGAUCAUCAACCCAUGCCCAAUUAUAGCGAGAUGCUUGGUCGCUUUCUUGCUUGCCCGAUUCAACCUUCUGAUCAAUACCUUUCCCACUAUCUUCAAACCAUGAAUAUUGGUCGUUUUUCGUUUAUCACGUUGGUCCUUCCUUCCAUGCAAAGUUCUGCCUAUUGUCCUGACAGUUCAGAUCUGGACGAAGUGAAAGGAACACGUUCCGUAACCUGUGCAAUCGACGGUGAAGGACAUUGGAUCACAAUCACCGUCAUCAAUAACAUCCUUUUGUUCCGUUUAGAAAAAUUGGGCUUCCGCAUCUUAUGCAAACCGACGGACAUUAAGGCCAAGGUGGUGUACUCCAUCUUACGCAAUUACAAGCAGAAGAGCAAGGUGCUCAAACAAGGUUCUGAAUUUUUGAAUGCCUUGACGGAAAUGGGAUGCAUUGUGAUGCAUCGUGAUCAAGCCAUUUACCCUUGGAACAGUGUCCAACAUGACAAAUUGCUCAAGAAAGUCAUCGAGCUUGCUUACCAACAGACCAAAAGUGCAAACUCAUGUUUCCUACAACCAGUUUGUGAGCCAGCUUUGAGUUUGAUGGCAAGCAAGGAUGUGAGCGCCUUGAACAGAGAUAUGGGAAAAAUCAUCCAUUGAAGUCGUUGCCAAUGUCACUUGUGCUUUUAUUGCAAUCCAAUGCACCGUUUCUUUCUUUCUCAUUUAUCUUCAAUAUCGAUCCUUUUCAUUCCACAUUCAU